GCGGCUGCUGCAGGGCGUGUGGUGAGGAAGCCUGAGUCCUGUGGCUUCCCCUAAGCGGGAGCCGCCUCCAAAAGAGCCUCAGGCUUCAGUCCAGGCUCUGAAUGGCUGGUCUCCAGUUGGCAUUGCCUCUGCCUAUGGGCGUUAUGCUCCCACAUAAUAAAAGGGAUGCUCCAGAGCUCCGUUCAGCUAAGCAAGACCCCUAUGGAAAAGGUGACUCUUCCCAGCAGUCCUCUACAGGGCACCCGAGGAACAAUUUCCAGCAGAAGCUUUUGAGUAACCAAGAACUGAUGCUGGAUAAUCUCUACACUCACCCCAAGUGGAACACCUGCACAAAAGCCCAGAGCUGUUCGUAUCCCCACUGUGCUGGAAUGAGCCAGCAGGAUUCAAGGAGCAAUCCCCAGGGCCAAGCCAAGGGUUUGUUUUACACAUCAGACCCUCAGUCCCGGUAUCCCAAAACAAAUGACCAAGAAUUCAUCCCCUUGACAAAGAAGCGAGUGGGGGUUGACCGAGCAUACCCUCUGAAACCUGUGUUUCAUCGGAAGUCCCAUAGUACAGGUGAGGCUGGCACUGAUGGAGACCGGAACGCCUCUCCAAGAAUCCCUGAGCCAAGAAAGUAUUCGUACAGUAGCUUUGGUUCGAGGAACUGGGUGAAUUCAUCGAUGGUUGGUCCAGUUGCUGCCACUCAGGAGGAAAGGGUCAUGGCAAAUGCCAACAGGACGGAGUGGAUGCAAAUCCAAAGACUAGAAGCUGCAGGGGAGAGCUUAGGGGAGGAAAUCCGCAGAAAAGAGACUCUUCUGAGGGAAAAGCUGAAGAAGACGGAGGAGGAACUCAGAAGGAUCCAGAAGGGAAAAGAACAGGCUGAGGAAAAUGAAAAAAGAGAGCUUCAGAGAAUGGUGCUCUCCCAGAGGAGAGUUAAAGAUAAUAGCAUCACCGCAUACAAACCUAUCUUCUCUCCAGCACUCAGGUCUGAGGAGGUCUUCAACAGAGACACAGGAGAAGAUGAAACUUGGGGACAAUCUCGAGAGAAUUCUAGUCCAUUCCAGUUCUCUAAUUAUAGAAUUCAGAAGCUCAAAAGGGAAAGACUGGUGGCAAGCAAUAACAAAAUCCGAGACCGAGUCUCAAGGCCAUUGAAGGAGAAGUUUUCUCAAGUUACAGAAGCACCGCUCAGCACUUUGCAGAGAUACACCCGUAAUUCUAGCUCAUCCAGGGCACCAGACUCCUUAGGCUCCAGCUGUUCCACUGAAGAGCCAGAACUGGGCGAGUGCAGCCACUGUAGCCGAAAGUUUCUCUUGCUCAGGCUGGAGAGACACUCCAGCAUCUGCCGCAGGAUGCAGGGUUCCAAGAGGAAAGUGUUUGACUCCUCCAGGGCCCGGGCCAAGGGCACAGAACUAGAGCAGUACUUGAACUGGAAGGGUCCAGCUUCAGUCAAGGCUGAACCUCCUCAGAAGAGCAACUGGAGACAGAAGCAUGAAUCCUUCAUCCGUACUCUCCGUCAGGCUCGAGAGUUCCAGCAGGUGAUUGCCAAAGGUGGAAACCCCUCAGACCUGCCUCCCAUCCUGCCUGUAGAAAAUCCAGACUAUAUUCAAUGCCCUCACUGUAGCCGCCACUUUGCUCCCAAGGUGGCAGAGCGGCACAUCCCCAAGUGUAAGACCAUCAAGAACCGUCCUCCGCCUCCAAGAAAGCACUAUAGUUGAGCAGACAACAGUGGAAACCUCCUUGAUGGUCCAGAAGGCUUCUGCUUCUCUUGAGCAAUAAGUAGGAACAGAGUCAUUUGAUGCAGAGCAGAAAGAACUAACACUUUUACAUAUCCCAGAUCUGCCUGCAGAGCUGAGAUCAGUGAAGAAAGAAAGACCCAUUGCUAAGCAGCAAGAUGCAAAAGGAUGCCUCAGCUUCCCACUACAUCACCACCUCCGGCUGAUGUGCCUGAUGUAAUUGCUCUGAGAACUGAUGGGUGAAGAAACUUAAGAGCAGUGAGCAGGCUGCAUUAAAGCUCUCUUCUCGCAAGCCUGAUUAUGGUUUGUGCUAGUUAAGGGCCUGCAUUUGUUGUGCCUUCUUGCCGCUGCCUCUGCACGUACGUCUGUGGUUCCGGUUAACUCUUCUCAUUCUUGUAAGAAGUUGGCUCACUGGUGUCACAGGAUCAUGCAUGGUAUCUCUUAUAAAAAAUACACUUCUGCUGUAAGGCAAAUGACCUCCCUGGUACAUGAUCCCGGCAGAAAGUCAAUCCAAGCAUGUAAGGUUGGGGCACCAGUAUGUCCUAAACCCUCCCCAUGUGGUACUGUGUCAUAAAGGGAACCUCAUCUUUAUCUACUUUACAGGGUAGGGGUGGGAGAAAGCACACUAUGUUUCUGUAGUUGUUCUUUUCUAAUGGAUUUCAUAUGUCAAAAAAAAAAAAGGCAGGAAGCAACUUUAAUUUCAGCUGUUGCUAGCACUCUGCUUUCAAAUCAGUUUGGUUUGAUGACUUUUAAAAUGACGCAGCAAAAUGUACCCUCCAAGCAAGCUGGGACAUUUCAGUGUCACAUGUCUGUACUGAUUAUAUCACAGUAAACUUCUCUUCUGGAAAGUAAACUUUGAAGGAAAGAAUGCCAGAUCUAAAAUUUUCUCAGCAGAAUCGUGCCUACUGCAAGUAACUUUCAUAAUUAGGCACUGAAAAAAUAGGUUUGGGGAAUUUAAAAUUAAAUCAUAAAAAUGAGUGAGUCCUAGACUUGUCAAUGGAGAAAGAAAUGGCACCCCACUCCAGUAUUCUUGCCUGGAAAAUCCCAUGGACAGAGGAGCCCGGUAGACUAGAGUCCAUGGGGUCGCAGAGUUGGACACGACUGAGCAACUUCACUUUCAGACUUGUCAAACAGAAGUGAUAAGACAGUGUCUGAUGGGGGAAAUAUCAGUUCAGGUAGAAUCAGGUGAGCACAACAGAUCUGAAAUACUAGUUAAGAUUACUGUCCUGAGAGCAUUACUCAAAUUGUUAGCUUAAGAUACUGGAGAAAAGUCAACGAAGCUGACCCGGGCAAAGGGGACUGUGCAGACCACAGAACCAUAUUUACCAACUUCAGAUGGCCACUCACUCUUGCUCCAUUUCCUCUGCAGCUUCUACCAAGUGGCUGGGCCAACAGAUCAGACCAAUUUGAUAUGCCCGUCUUUAAGGCUUUAGCUGUGAAGCUGCUGGACACUAGGCUGAAAACAAAAUCAUAUAUAUUUUAAAAACCAGCAUAUAUUGCUUUAUGCUUUUCCUGUUACAAAGAAAAAGAGGUAUAACAUAAUGGCGCCUCUGGUUGGUCAUUUAAAGAAACCUCACAAAGAAACAUCAGAUAUGUAACCCAAUAUAUACAGUUCCCCAGCAAGUUUAACGAGGUACCCACUUUUAAGUUUCACACUUGAUAGUAAAAGCAAUAGAUGAUGAGAAUGAGUGGUAGCCAAGGUCACGAAGUGGUAGCCCGUGGACUGCUUUGCUUCACAGGUAUGUUUUGACUGACAUAGCAUUAAAAGUAUAAUCUGACAUUUUAAAAUGGUGAUAUGGAGCAUCUUUUGAAAAACUGGAAGUUCUGGAAACCCUGGGCCUGCAGCUGUACUCAGCACUGAGUGGGGUUCGGAACCAGUUGCUCCCUCCAGACGGGGUGGAGCACAGAGAACACCACCCGCCUGGCAUGCUUCACUUAUUUGCCUUGUCUGUCUGGUCAGAACCCCUGGAUGAUGUUAUAAGGUCACAAGCCAGGGGCCUCCAGGGAGAACAAAUGUGUGUGUGGGGAGUGCUUUCUUAUGCUGCUAGAGAAAUAAACAAUAGUCAAUGCCCUAGUGUUCCCUUCGAUCUCAACAUGUUUAGGCCUUGAGUACAACAGGAAUAUCCAUUAGCCUUUUAAAUUUAGCUUGAUUGGAUCUUUGGGAAGAAGUAAGAACCCUUUUUCUAAGUCUCUUCCUGGAUAGCAGAGGAUGACAGAGGAUAAAUAAAUGCUGCUUGUUAAUGUC